GUUAUUGUAAUGUUUGUAGGGCUGUGCUGAUGACAGCAUCCUCCGCCGCUCAGUGGCUCCACACCUGACUGACUCCAUCAGAUGCACAGAUGAUGGAGCUCUCUACGCUGCCGGGUUAUUAUCCUAUCGCCACCAUUUCGCAUGUCCACUGCCCGACUCAUGAUCUACAAACGCCGUAAUAAUUUCUCUCUGAUUGUUUUUUUGACGUUUUUUUUCUUAUUACCCUCUUUUUUCAUGCGCGGUCAUUCAGCGGAUGGUGUGUUCGCCCUCUCGUUGUGCUGAGUGGUCGCAUCGAGGUGGUCUUUUGUUUUUUCUCUCUCCUGGAAAAGCGAACAGGAGCGGACAGAUGCUGCAACGCUGGUAAACACCAGACAUGGGUGUCAUCGAACCAAGGCUGCCAGUCGCGGUUCGCUCCUGGAGCAGAUUUUCAUUUUUCUUACGAUAAACCAUCUGCCCAAUCCAGAUCUUACACAUCUAUACGUUGCUACACUGAGCAGGCUUCAGUCAGGCAAACAAAUGGUCCAAUCAAUAGCCUUUGGACAGAGACUGCCAUAGGGAGGAUAUCAAUAACACGCUAAUACACCUGACACAAACACACACACACACACACUCACACGGACCAUGGCGCUUGAGAACUCGGUCUUUCCCGCCUGCCCGGACUCUCUCUCGCUCCCUGUGGAGGAGAAGGGGGAAGGGGAAAAAGUGGACGUGGCCACCGAGGCCACGGCCUCCCCUGGAGUCUUCAACCUAUCGGAGGAGCUGGGCCCCGUCGGCACCACAGACACGGAGCUGCCACCUCCGCCCUUAGUUAAGGUCAAGAGGUCGUUCCAGAACAAGCUGGCUGAGCGGGAGGCCCAAGCCAAUGAGCCCCGCAAGAAGACCCAGGGGCCGGAGAAGGAGAAGGAGAAGGAGAGGGGGAGGUUCGGGUGGGGCCGGACUAAGCGUAAGAGACAGCGCUACGUGGAGAAGAACGGUCGCUGCAACGUGCAGCACGGUAACAUGCGGGAGCAUUACCGCUACCUGACCGACAUCUUCACCACGCUGGUGGACCUCAACUGGCGCUGCUCGCUCUUCGUCUUCGUCAUGGCCUACGCCGUCACGUGGCUCUUUUUCGGGGCCAUCUGGUACCUCAUAGCCUACUGUCGGGGUGAUCUGGACCACCUGGAGGAUGAGACGUGGACGCCGUGCGUCAACAAUGUCAACGGCUUCAUCUCGGCCUUCCUCUUCUCCAUCGAGACAGAGACCACCAUUGGCUACGGCCACCGCGUCAUCACCGACCAGUGUCCAGUGGGCACCAUGCUGCUGCUGCUGCAAGCUAUACUGGGCUCGAUGGUCAACGCCUUCAUGGUCGGCUGUAUGUUUGUGAAGAUCUCGCAGCCCAACAAACGGGCAGAGACGCUGGUGUUCUCCAAACACGCCGUCAUCUCUCUGAGAGACGACAAGCUCUGCCUGAUGUUCAGGGUGGGCGACCUGCGGAGCUCCCACAUCGUAGGGGCCAACAUGAGGGCCAAGCUCAUCAAGUCCAAGCAGACGCAGGAGGGCGAGUUCAUCCCUCUGGACCAGACAGACAUCAGCGUGGGCUUCGAGACGGGCGACGAUCGUCUCUUCCUGGUCUCUCCGCUGGUGAUCUCCCAUGAGAUCGACAUGCAUUCGCCCUUCUGGGACAUGUCGCAGGCCCAGCUGGAGAAGGAGGACUUUGAGAUCGUGGUGAUCCUGGAGGGAAUGGUGGAGGCAACCGGGAUGACGUGCCAGGCGAGGAGCUCCUAUCUAGCGGAGGAAGUCAUGUGGGGUCACAGGUUCAGCCCGAUGAUGUUGCUGGCAAAGGGCUUCUUUGACAUCGACUACGGAGCCUUUCAUCACACGUUUGAGGUGGACACGCCCUCCGUCUCUGCACGUGAGCUCUCAUUGGCUGCGGCCAGACUGGACGCACACCUCUACUGGUCCAUCUCCAGCAGGCUGGACGAGGAGCCCACCCUGACCAACCAGGCGGCCAAGCAGCCGGACAGCGGCUCGGCCAACAGCAAAGGAGGGGAGCCGACCUUCAUCGUGGGAGAGAUGACGGACAUCCAGGAGCAGACAGGACUGGGCGAGCUGAACGGCAGCGUCGCCACCGACCAGUCCGAAUCAGAGGCCUAGAACAGACAAUGUUUACAAAGACCUUCAUUUUAACGCCACCUCACCACAAUUUAUGUUUGCAAAUCUUUUCUUUCAAGGCAAAUGAGUAGUUUCAUUGUGCCCAGUUCUACAGUAUAUGCCAUAUCUUACGUUACCAUAUGAAAGCGUCCAUUUCUUGAUAUUUCGUCUUUUAUUUCUAUGUUGAUCUUUGUUACAAGUGUACUGUAUGUGUGCUAUCUUUUAUUUUUUUGUUCUUCAAUCUGUGUUGUUAGCUCCAAUCACCCUUGCCUAUAUCUACAUUUAAAUGACAAAACUAUGCUUUAGGUGGAGUCAACACUCGUAUAUCCGGUGGACCACGGCAGAAUGUUGCAAAAAAGAUGACGAGGCGGUUGUUUGUGCAGAGUCACGUGUGUGGAUUGUUCACAUUUAAAAAUAAGUGCCGUGCAUAGACGCUUUAUGUUCACCUGCGCAUGAAUAUCACUAGAUGAUAUUGAAGUAUAGACUGAAAUGGUAGUAACUUCAAAUUUCUUUAGAUGCAAAGAUUGUUCUGAGGUUUAUUGUACAUCAAUCAGGUGUUAACAUGGUGGGAAAUGAACACUGUCCCACAGCCGCUGGUAUAUUUGUAUACUCUGGUAGAAACUUCAUUAGGCCACAAACCAUCAUGUGGUGUUAGAAACAAUGUUUAUAAAUAUAUAUUUGGCUUCUUUAGGCACAGAGUAUAUUGUUUGUUUGUUAAAGAGUAACUUAAAGGAAUAUAUUUAAUUUUUUGAAGAGGGGUUGUGUGAGGGACUUAUUCAUAGUCAGUGUAUUAGUUAUAGCGGAUGGCAGUCGGCACGCCCCCAGUUAAGAGAAACAGACAGGAGUACCAGCACGGGAGCAGAGCAAUGUGCUUCUGUGGACAUCAGCCAAACGUGUUUUAGCCACCUACAAAGGAGUGUACGCCAUAUUUGGAAUAUUUUCACCGCUUUACCUUGCCGUCAGACAGCCCUUUCCAAAUGGGGAACUGAUUAUCUAUGUUAUCUUUAAAGCCACACGAGACUCCUUUGACAAAAUAAUCCAAACUAACCCUUUAAAACACCAAAGUCACACAAUAACUCAUACAAACUGACCGAUCAAAGCAGCGGCAGAGCAGCAGCUCCUGUGUUCUGUAAGGUAAAAGUACUGUUUUUGUCAGUGGAGUCUGGUGGCUUUGAAGAGAGAAAAGAUAACAGCCUUAAUUUCCCGUCAUAAAAGGGCUGUCUGACGGCAGGGCAAAGCCGUGAAAAUAUCCUAAAUGUAGCGUACGUACGCUUUAACUAAUAUUAAUUAUUUUAAGGCGCGUCUUUCUUUUUAGCUGCUGCCCACGUCAACAGCAGCACAUGGCUUUGCUCCUGUACAUCACUGCAGCAACAUGAGAAGUUAAACCAGAUGAGGUCAUGAAAAACACGAUUUAAGUUACUCUUUAAUAACCCCAGUAUGAAUUAGCUGACAUUCCUAACUGCACUCUCGCAUUAUGGUGACUAGAGUAACCAUCCACAACCUUUAACAUAUAGAGAGGGGACAACUCGAGUGUGUCUGUGGCUUCGUUUCAAGGAUUAUCUAUCUUCUGUUCCCAGCCGAGUAGAAAUUAAAAGCACAACAGUGUCCUGCUCAGUUUAGCCCAAAACCCCUGCUUCUGCUGCUGUGUAGAUAUGUGGCCAUUUCUACUUGAUGUUUUUAAUAUGUAAUACAACUAGAGUUAAUAAACUGCAGCAUAUUACAGAAAAAAACUUUGUGUGAUAUUCUGCGGAAGGGCUCCAUACAUAAAAGUACGCUAUAUUUACAUACUGUGCGUACUGAAGCGUUGAUAUGAAACGUGUCAGAAUGCAGAAAAGAGUUAGACUUUACCCUAAAUGAUGUCAUAGAACAUGGACUAGAUCUUAAACACAACAGACAGUAAAAGACAUUAGUCUUCUACUUCAUUACAUUUCAGAGGGAAGUAUUUUUACCUCACUACAUUUAUUUUAAAGCUAUAGUUACUUUGCAGAUGAAUUGUUGCUAAACUACUCAACAGUACAUGAAGUUAAAAUGAGCAUCACAUCCACCAGCUACAACAUUAAAAUACUGCAAAGUCAUUAAUGCAGCCUCGAUAGUAUAACCGAUAUAUAAUACAAUUACAGGGACAGUGGUAAUGGAUUACAUUUACAUUGCGGUAUUGCUUCUUUUACUUAGGUAUAACUGAAUAUUUCUUUCUUCACUGUAUUAAAAUACAUAAAAUCAAUUACUGGUACGUUUUGGAGUAUGGAGAGUCUACCGAAUGUAUUUUUGUUGUUCAAAGUGAUGAAUUAUUACCGACUCAUAAGUGAGGAGAUACACAGAGUGGACCUAUUGAUCAUUAGGAUACUAAGGAGACUACUUUGUAGGACACAAGUACACACAGUUUUUCCUUUAACAAGGAUCCUCAAAGAAGUCCUUCACCUUAGACCUCUACAAAAUAAUCCCGUUUAUUUCCUUGGUUUUUAUGUUAUUUAGUACAGUACAGAAAUAUAUUAAGUAAAGUGCAUUGGUGAAGAUCAUUUACUUGAGUAAAAGUAACAACAACAUUAAUUACUUUAUCACAACUAAAAGUCCUGUAUUACUUUUUUUUAAAGUAAAACUACAGAAGGCAACAAAGUGUACUUAAAGAGUAGUACUACUAUAUACAGUAUUUUACAGAAUGGCCCCUGUCAGUGUUACAGAAUGAUAAUAUAGCACAUACAUUAUUAAUGCAUUUACAUAUAAUAUGACAAGUGACUAUAGCUGUCGACUGUAGUAAACGCUUACUGCAUUGAAACUGCUUUCCCUGUUUAGACCUGCCAAGGGACUACAGAUGAGAAUUAUCUUAGAGCUAUAAUCUGGUACGGUGCAUCAAAUGGUGACAUUCAUGUUUUAAGCUCUACAUGGUCCCUUUUAAAUAAAAUACAAAAACG